AUGAAAGCUAAACGAGAAUCAAGCUCACCAAGACGCUCACCGAGAUUUAACACCUCACCAAAACGUCGUCGAAGUUUUCUCUUACCGCCUCCUACUCGAAGUAUUUUAAAAAAAAAUGAUGAUACAACAAAUUUUGAUAUUCUACAAGACGAGAAUAUAGCCACAAAUGUUUUAGAUUCUUUAUGGGAAACAGACAUUACAGAGAACAUUGAUGGGCAAAAGCGUAGAAAAUCUUUAGGUAGAAGAGUCAGUUUUGCUUCAAAAGCUCGCGUUCGUUUAUUUGAUAAAUAUGAAGUUGCGGGACAGCAACCAGCAGAUCAAAGUAUGACUAGUUCUUUAAAUGGUGAUCGAGAUGAGACCUCGGAGUUUAUGUUGACAAUUACUACGCAAUCUCCAGUAAAUAUAGACUUAAAACCCGAAGACAAGCAAAACAAACAACAAAUUGAUGAUAAAUAUGAAGUUGCGGAACUACAAUCAGCAGAAUCAAAUGUAUCAAAUCCUUUGAAUGAUGAUCUCGAUGAAGCUUUGGACUUUAUUCCAAUAAUGUCUAUAUCUCCAGAUGAUAUGGACUUUCAAUCCGAAGAAAUGAAAGCAUUGAUUGAGAAACAAAAUCAACAAAUUGAUAACGAUGAAGCUACUGAACAACAACCAGCAGUACCAAGUAUAUUAAAUUCUUCAAAUGAUGGUCGCGAUGAAGCUUCGGAAUUUUCGUUGACGAUUUCCACACCAUCUCCAGAAACUAAUGAAUGUCAAUCCGAAGAAAUAAAGGUUUCAUUGACUGAGGAACAACAAUUGAUUGAUGAAUGUGAAGUCGCGGAACAGCAAUCAUCAGAACCUAAUGUAUCAAAUCCUUCAAAUGACGAUCAAGAUGAAACUCCAGAAAAUAAUGACUUUGAAUCCGAAGAAAUGAAAUUAAUGAGAGCUUUGGUUGAAGAACAAAAUCAACAGAUAGAGAUAUUUGAAGCAGAAUUCGAAAAUAUUAAUAAAGAAAUGCAGACUCUCAGGGAGAAACGCGAUUAUCUGAUAAAAGAAAAAGUGGAAAUCGAACAGAAAAUUCGCGACGCCAAGCAACUUGUGGAAGUGACUCAAUGCUACACCGAGAAAGACCUACAUGAGGUGCAAGAGCAAUAUAGAGCUUUCGUUGCUAAACACAAAUGGAACCCUAAAUCGUUGUCUGAUGAGCUUGUACAUUUGGAGUAUGAUGAAAUUGUACAGGUUAAAAUUGACAUUAGAGAUUUGCGUAAACGUGGUGACACGGACAUUCCUUUUGUUGAAGUAAUUCUUAAUUUAAAUGAUAAUGUGAAACAUGAAGAAAAACAAUAUAACCAAAUUAUUUUUGAUGGAAUACGAAAAUUUGCUUUAAAUUGUAAAGGACCGAUAGAAAUCACACAAUGUUCCAAAAUUAUAAAACCAAUAGCAGAUUAUUGGGAAAAUUCAAGACAACUUUAUAGGGAUUAUCGUGUUUUAAAAUAUAAAUUGCCGACAGAAAUGAUUGUUGACAAAACCCAUAAUGAUAAAGAUGAUAAUGGAAAAGAGAUAAUUAUGAGCUUUAGG